UCCCAUCACUCAUCUGUGACUUUCCAUUUUCUGCCGCUGCAACUCUAGAGAGAGAGAGAGUGUGAGUAGCUGAAGGUAUGGCUUUGUCCUUUGGUUCUUCUGUUGUUCACCGUCACUCUGUGUCUGCUUCGAGAUUUGCUCCAGUGGUUCCAUCUCUUUCUGGAAGCAAUGGAAGAACACUCAUUUCGUUUUCCUCUUCAGUUCGAGGUUCUCCAUCCAGUUUAGCACUUGAGAGGAAGGGUUCUUCGUUCGCACAGACAGCAGCAGUCCGACAUUUAAUUGGAUACUUGACCAGAACCGAGGGUCUUCGCUUUGCUGUGGUUAUAGCACGGUUUAACGAGGUUGUGACAAAACUACUGCUGGAGGGAGCUUUGGAGACUUUCAAGAGAUAUUCAGUUAGAGAAGAAGACAUUGAUGUUGUAUGGGUUCCUGGUAGCUUUGAAAUUCCUGUUGUAGCAACAAAGCUUGGGAAGUCAGGAAAAUAUCAAGCUGUUUUGUGUAUUGGAGCUGUGGUAAGAGGUGAUACCACCCAUUAUGAUGCUGUUGCUAAUUCAGCUGCAUCUGGAGUACUUUCAGCAGGUUUAAAUUCAGGUGUUCCUUGCAUAUUUGGUGUUCUGACAUGCGAUGACAUGGAUCAGGCUAUAAAUCGGGCAGGUGGUAAAUCCGGAAACAAAGGUGCCGAGGCUGCUUUGACCGCUAUUGAAAUGGCAUCGUUGUUUGUACACCAUCUGGAGUGAUUAAUGAAACUAUUCUCAUAAUCUCCUUGCCCAAUAAUUAGAACCAGGUUCUGGUUGAAGAUGCAGAAACAUUAUCUAUGCACAGGACAACAUGCUCGUGCAAAUUGGAGCCACAACUGGAAAAAGGGCUUUUUGAUAGUUUGCUCUGAAACGUCAUUUUUGCCUGAACAAAUUCUUCGAGAGAUAAUUGAUGCUUGCAACAGCUUCCCCUUUCUGUAAUUUUAUGUUCCCUUUCAGCUCCAUUACUUUUUUUGACGCCUUACGUUUUGCUCCAGUUAUUGAUAAUUUAUAGACCAAGCUUGUUAAGAUUGGGGCCUCUAUAAAUUGGUGAUGAUCUAAUAGUUGGUACUUGUCUAGAAUGAGACUAGU